UAGCUAUCAAAUUCAUACACACACCCACACAUAUAUUUUUCCCUUGGCUUCUUAUAUCUAUCUUUUCCUCUCCCUUUAAUUAUCUCUAUAUAUACAUAUAUAUAACUUUGAUUUAAUUUGGAAAUGGAAAUUGGGAAUAUAGAGAUGCCAAUUAGUAAGCUCAGAAAACGUAGGUUUCCAACGGCUUCUUCUUCGUCGUUUGCAAACAUUAAUAACUUGUCACAUUAUUUGGUGGAGAACAAUACCGAUUCACCCCGAAAUGAGAAAUGCCAAGAAGAAGAAAAGGAGAGUACUACAUUGGCAUUGCAAAAAGUGUUGGAGAAAACAACAACUUAUGUUGAUGGAUCUUGUGAGGUAAAAAAUCCACAAUACAGAAUUCCUGGUAGCUUUAUGGAGAAAGGUACUAGCUUUGGAGUAAUGCCCUUGACUUAUGAUGCCAAGACAUUUGAGGGAAAGUCUCGACCUUGUGGUGAGAUUGAACCGGCUGCGACCAAGAAUCGCCAGGAUUCAAUGCUAAGAUCGACUAAUGGUCUACACGAGAUAAAGCACUCGCUUAUGGUAGCAAAAGAGUUGCUCAACCUUUUAACUCACGUUUGGACCGUUGACACGAACCAUGACCAUAACCAUCCGACGAACAUUUCCUUGGCCUCAACGUUGAGUCACGAGCUUAAAAAGGCUCGGGCUUAUGUCAACAAGUUAAUCCAAGAACAAAAAUCUAACGACAACACAACAUGUGAAUGCAAAGAGCAAGACAAGGUGCGGAUAGCAGUCAAGACGAUAGCGCAAGAAUUGGAAAAUGAGAGGAAACUAAGACGACAAACUGAGCGGAUGAACAAAAAACUAGGCCGGGAACUGGCUAAUACAAAGUCAUCUUUAGAUAAGGCAGUAAAGAAGGCGGAAUCAGAGAAACAAACAACGGAGAUUUUGGAACAAUUAUGUGAAAAGAUGGCACUUAGUAUUGAAGAGGAUAGAGUGGAGCUUGAAGAAUUGAAGAAAGAAUCUGAAAGGGUUCGUCAAGAAAUGGAAGAAGAGAGGGAAAUGCUUCGUGUAGCUGAUAUGUUACGCGAGGAACGCGUCCAAAUGAAGCUCAUAGAUGCAAAACACGAGUACGAAGAGAAACAUAAACAAAUGAAUAUUUUAGUACAUGACCUUGAGGAGCUUUUGGAAGCCGAUAGCGUUGAGCAUUUGAAAAGGAUGCCAGAAGUUUUAUCAUGGUAUCAGAGCACAAAGAAUGACAAAGGUGGAGAUGAAAAAACCACAAUGGAGGAAGCUAUACGCUCGUUAUGGUAUGAAAACAUUGACAACGAAAAUGAUAAACUGGUAAAUGACGAAUUAGUCCUUGUAAUCGAUGGAUUGACGAACACACAGAAUGAGGUAGCAAGGCGUAACUCUGAUUGCAUAGAGUGGGAAUUCGGACUUGACAUGAAAAACGAAAGUGAUGACUUAAACGAGUGUCCAGAAGAGACAGUUUUAGGAUUGUCGUGUCCUUCUACAACGAAAGAGUACGAAGAUGAAAUGGAAAGGUACAAAAUGAUUAAAGAUCUAAGAGAUCGUAUAGUUUCUGGUUCUGACCUUUCUCGAGAUACUCUUGACUUUGGAUGUCAUACAUAAGUUGCACUGUAGAUUCUCUGUAUCCAUAGAUAGAUCGCAAAAUUUUAAGUUUGUUAUCUAUCCACAAAAGAGUGUAAGAAGAUUAUUAAAACAAGAUGGAAACGUACACUUUGAUUCGUUUGUAGAUUAGAAACUGGCCAUUUGGCCUACAAAGUUCUAUUACCAUAUCAUUUGGAUACUGUUUGAUUCAAAUAGUCGACGGUAACGUGAUGUAAAUAUCGAAAAUUGUAUUUCUGUUGUCCAUAUAAUACAUAUACAAGUUUUAUUGA